GUCCUCCUUCUGGGGCUAACCCAGGGUUUUAAGCUUCGGUCAGAUCGCGGGAGAGCCGGAGUCACUCCACCCGCCUGCGCUCCUCGCCCUCCCUCCCGGAGCGCGCGCUCGCCGGUGGUGACCCGGUUGGCUGAACCGAACCCCCGCCCCGGAGAGAAAGGGGCGGGGCGCUGGCUGGUGUGUGCACCCCUCUGGGGAAGCGGGUGCCCGCUGCGGGUCCCGCUGCGGGUCUCGGGGAGCCUGGGCGCGCGAGCGCGUGGUGCCCGGGAUGUGACCUUGCCGCGCCCCCAUGCGGGCCCCGGAGAGCCCCGCGCCCGGCCGCCCGGCCCUGCGGCUGCUGCUGUCGCCUCUGCUGCUGCUCGCGGCGGCGACGUCCGGCCGCGCAGCUCCCUGUAUCUCUGGUGGUUUGCCUAAACCUGCAAAUGUCACCUUCUUGUCCAUAAACAUGAAAAAUAUCCUCCACUGGGAUCCCCCAGAAAGUCUGCAAGGAGCUGAAGUUACAUAUACGGUGCAGUAUUUCAUAUACGGGCAAAAGAGAUGGCUGAAUAAACCUGAAUGCAAAAAUAUCAACAGGACCUACUGUGAUCUUUCUGAUGAGACAUCUGACUAUGAACACCAAUAUUACGCCAAAGUUAAAGCCAUUUGGAAAACAAAUUGUUCCAAAUGGACUGAAACUGGACGAUUCUAUCCUUUUUUAGAAACACAAAUUGGGCCCCCAGAGGUUGCCUUAACUACUGAUGAGAAGUCCAUUUCUAUUGUCCUGACGGCUCCAGACAAGUGGAAGAGAAAUCCAGAAGACUAUACCAUUUCCAUGCAGCAAAUAUACUCCAAUCUGAAGUACAACGUGUCUGUGUAUAAUAUCAAGUCAAGAAGAACGUGGUCCCAGUGUGUCACCAACCACACACUGGUGCUCAGCUGGCUGGAGCCCAAUACUCUGUACUGUGUGCAGGUGGAGUCCUUCGUCCCAGGGCUCCCACGCCCUGCUCAGCCUUCUCGGAAGCAGUGUAUCAGUACUUUGGAAGAUCCAACAUCAGCACUGAAGGUUAAAAUAAUUUUUUGGUAUGUUUUGCCCACAUCUGUGACGGUGUUUCUAUUUUCUGUGAUUGGCUACUCCAUCUACCGAUAUGUCCAUGUUGGCAAAGAGAAACACCCAGCAAAUUUGAUUUUGAUUUAUGGAAAUGAAUUUGACAAAAGAUUCUUUGUGCCUGCUGAAAAAAUCAUGAUUAACUUUAUCACCCUCAAUAUUCUGGAUGAUUCUAAAAUGCCUCAAAAGGAUAUGAAUCUACUGGACAAAAGCAGUGAUGGAUCCAAGCUCAGUGAUCCUGAGCCCCUCUGGAACCCGGAGCCCCAUCUGGAGGAGGUAGAGGUGGAACACUUGGAGUAUGCCCCACACCUGGUGGGAAUUUUCUGUGACUCUGCGACUUCCUUGACCCAGCGAGAGUCUCUCAGCAGCACAACAGCUGCAGGCGAAGCUGCGGUUGAGUAUGAGUGUGACGUGAGAACUGACACUCAGGAGGGGCCUGAAGGUCACCAGUUCAGUGUGCAAGAAGUGGCAUCCGUGCCAGGAAAGUUACUUCAGCAACAAGCAGCUUUGACAAGCUUGGGCCCACCAACGCUGCUGUGUUCAUAUUCAGCUCAGCUCAGCGACUUACACAACCUGGUGCAGGAGCGCUUGGUCUCAGAAGAGGGGCCAGAGGAAGAGCCACGGAUGACACUGGUUGACUGGGACCCUCAGACUGGCAGGCUGCGUAUCCCAUCCUUGUCUAGCUUCGACCAGGACCCUAAGGGCAAUGAGUAUCAGGAGUCUGAUGGUCUUGCUGAGGAGGGCCUGUUGUCCAGACUCUAUGAGGCGCCGGGGCCAGACAAGGCAGCAGAAGAUGAAAACUAUCUCCUGCGAUUUAUGGCAGAAUGGGGACUGCAUGUGCAAAUGGAAAACUAACCCUAGCAAGACUUAACUUUGCCCGGCCCUUACUGUGACAGGGCACGGGAGCAAAAACAGGUGGAAUGCCAGGGCUGGGAGUGACGUGGUUGUGCUCCUCAGUGUCAGUGAGGACAACAGUCAUGCUCUGCUCCCUGCACUGACUCGGGAUGGGUGCUACCUGUUGGUCCCCCACAACAUCCAUAGGGUCCUUGGGGUGCAAGGGCUGACCUUUGCUUUAGACAGAAUCAACAGUCAAUGCAUGUUUGCCCUGCAGGAUUGAUUCAGGAGUGUGUUCUGUGGCCAUUCUACUUAUUAACUUUGUAACAAGUAUGAUUCUCUGAUUAUUUUUUAUUAUGUGUAGGUGACACUGCAAAAUAUUUCAUAAAGACCAUCCAUUUUACAAAUACUA